CUAGAAUUUUCUAAUAAAAAUCAAAUUACAAAAAACAUGAAUAUUUUUUCCCCCAAUCCGUUGAUUGGGCCGAGUUUUUCUGGCUCCCGUCGUCUUGAGUUCAGGGGUGAGGCGGCUUCUUGGAAUUGUGGAAAAUACCUUCAGAACACGCAUAACUAAUUACGCAUAGUUCCCCUUUUUCUUGUUGUCAUCUGGUUUGGCUUAUUUGAUUUAUACACAGGAUUGAGGGAUACUUACAAGGCGUUCGAAAAGAAAUCAAGAAAGAAACAUAUUUUUUUGGGGACACAUGUACAGAAAAGUUGGGUUGUAUAAUUAUCAUAGGCGCCGCACUAGACUGUAUGGAAUGACUUCUGAUCAGAAAAUCAUGGGAUAUGGCGAGAUCCGACAACCACAAAUCCACAGAACAGGAAAGGAAAACCCCUGUGUGGCGCUUCCACGAAACUACUCGUAUAUAUUUUUAAGCCAUGAAUAUGCCAUGAAAAAUAUUAAUUGGACAGUAGCUGCAGCAGCGAGCCCAGCUGCCGGCGAACCUUAUCAUCCAAUUAGUAACCACGAAAAUAAGGAUCGAAGAGGACAAAGGAAGCUGACUAGGAGUAAGACAUCAGCAGCGGCGGCAGACGCGCAGCUGCAAAACGGAGAUAAUAAAAAUGAUGUCAAGUCGAGUUCAAAAGAUGCUAGCGCGUCAACCAUAAAACUAGCCGAAAAUGACAACAAGAUAAAACGAGCGGGACCGCCCCUGGCGAAGCCAUCGAUGACCUCCGGGCAUGGGCCUCUAAUUUGUGUAACUUGCCUACCCAACGGGCAGUCCAGAAUUGAGAUGGAAACAAAAGAGCAUUCCAUAUAUUUGCCAUGACAUUUGAGAUUUUGCAGUCGAUGAUUUUCAAUGCUGGACAUUGUCUCAACAAUUCUAAGGACUUCUCCUAUUCUCUCAGUUUCUAUCUCUGGAAAAAAGCAAUAGAAAAUGCACAAAAUGGAUUCGAAAAUGUGCCUUAAUCAUGACACUUUGUUCUCCUGCUUUGUCUAUUUUCUUUAUUGCCAGAGAUUUUUCUUUUGAUACAAUAUAAUGUAAUGUAGGGUAAACUAUGUUUUUACAGUUCGUAAUAUAAGUUUUGUUAAUAUUA